GAAGCAUGUUGUUUUGGAUUGUUAGACCAAUUUGCAUCUUUCUGGUCUUGAGUAGGUGAGUUGAACCUCAAUGGAAAAUAUUUCCAUUGAGGUCAGAAUUUGCUUUAAAUUUUCUGUUCAGUAUUUUUCUUCCCAAGGCAGAUUCUCAUAUCACUGUUCUAUAUCUGAUAAGGGUAAAUUUAGAUGCAUUUUGAUCAGUGCCUGUCAGUUGGGAGCCAUACAGGGUUCUUUGUGUAUGUGAGGGACAUGUUCAGGGCCCUUCUGUGAAGGGAGAGUGAAAUAGGGAGACUAGUUGAAUAAUAAACCAUUAGGGGCUGCCACAAGCCUGCUUGGAGUUACCAGUUGCCUUGCCAUCCUUUUCCAAAGCAAUUUGUGUGUAAGAGUUGUGUGGGAUCUCUCAUUUGUCUUGCUCAUAUCCAAGACCUCACACAAGGCCUGUACUGCUGGGUGCUUGCUGUUAAUCUGCAGAUCUCUUUGGCUAUCCAGACUGCAGGCUCUUUGGUGCAAGUGUGAACAGAAAAGACAGCUUCUGUCCUGGAGUUAAUAACCUCUGUAUAUGAGUGAGCUAAAGAGCUGGGGAUAGAAAGCAUUCUUCCCCCAUUCCCCUGAUGGAGAGCUGAGAUUAAGCCUUGAGCUCUGCUGAAAGGCAACAAAGCAAUAUUCAGAACUGCUAACCUCUGGUUAUUAACUCUGAUGAAAAUACCAGUGAAGCCAAGACAGCUUGGGUAUUAAUUGUACACCAACACAGAUUCAAUGAAUUUGCUCCUGGAUUCCAGUUACUACCCCAGAGACAACUAAAACUGUGUCCUGUAGUUGCUCCUAUUGUAACUGGCCAUCCCUCAUUACAUUUUGUAUUGAUAAUAUAUUUGGACCACCUCCCUACCUCAUGUAAUUUCUGUGACCAGUGAUGGCCUGGCCACCUAAAACCACUUUGGCUCAUAUUGUAUGUCUCCUCAGUGGGCUGGGACACGCUGGGGGAAACAAACUUGGCUUGUGGCUGGAGGGAAUGUCUUGGGAACUGCUCUCCAGGAUUACCUCAGUUAGCUCAAAUGCUAACUUGGGUUUUGGUGUGCAUUUCUUUCUACAGGUUCAUUUUGUGGGAGAGAAGUAGCAUUUGAGAAUAAGCUGCUAGGACAGGAGACAGGUUAGAAAAAACUUCUAAAUGAUGUGUAAAUGUUAAUCAUUAAACCUGUUACCUCGUAGCAACAUGACUUCUCAUAAUGAUUAACUGCUUUGCCAGGCUGUACUGGAGUAAAUCUCAGUGUUUGCUGCAGUUUCUCCCACCUCAGCCCAACUGCUGAAUGGUGUUGAAACACUCCUUAACUGGCUGGAGUGAUGAGCAGCACAGCUCCGUGGGGCUGAUGGUGCUUCUUCAUUCUCAAUUCUGCUUUUGAAGACUUAAGUUCUCAAUUCAAUCAGGGAACAGAAUUUAAGGGUGAGUUUAGCUGAUUGUUCUCAUUUUCCUUCAGAUAGGAGUCUGAAUAAACUACCACCUCGAGAAAGCUCCUAACACGUGCAAGCAACUCAACAUUCUUUGGUGAGUCUGUCCUGUUUGACACAGACCUGCUAUUGCUUCUUGAAUAUCUCCACGUGGUGCUGUUGGGGUAGUGGGAGUGGAACAGAAUUGGCUCUUCAGAACUGGGUUUUCAGAAUGGCUCUGUACUGUAAACAGAAAAGAGUUCUUUGGACUUACUUGAUGGGAAAAAAUGGUCAAAAUAGACUAAAAGCCUGAUAAUCGAAAAGAAAUACCUUUGCUCCUGAAAAGGGUGAGUAAAAAACCCCCACCUGUUUGGUAGUGGCAUUCAGGGUCCCUAUAGGUUGUGCUUCCAGAAGAACAAUGUGCCAUUCUCCUGCCAAUUCAGUACCUCCAGCAUUACCAAAGAGUGUGUGAAAAACAACUGCACAGGAGUGUCUUCAGUGUUAGAGGGCAGCUCAGCUAUCUGUGCUUAGGACCCAGUCUGGCAAGGAGGAAGGUAUUUAUAUUGUGCUUUAGUAAGUGAUGACCUGAAGGAACUUGUCACUGUGCAUUUCUCAAAAACAUGUUUUAAAAAAACUAUUAGCUUUAAUGUAAUUGAUUUGGUCCAUUUCUGAGAGUGUGAUGGCAAUAUUCUCCUUGAUUUGCUGAACUAGCUUAUCUGAAUUGGAGGAACUUGCUUGGUGCUUGCUUGGGAUGAGAAAGGUGUAUGGAGUGCAAGGACUUUUUUGUCUUUGUGUUCUCCUACUAUAGAGAAAGUGUGGUUCCAAUAUAUUUAAAACAAUUAAAAAAAAUUUAAAAUAUUUGAAUGUUCACUGAAAUAUAGAGUCUUAAUAUUGUCUUAAAAUAACUUCAGCCUCCCUGCAGGUGCUGACUGCCUCCUGCAGAAAUGGCUCCAUGGCUUCUAAAGCUUCUGGCUUGCUUUGGCAGGUACAGAAACCAUCUGAUAGCUCUUCCUUUCCCCUGUCCCAUUAAAUAGGUUGCCAAUAUAAAAUGCAAUAACACAAUGCUAUGGUUUUGGUCUAUAUUGAGCCAGAUUGGAAGCAGUUUCUGGAACCAGCAGGAAAGAUUAUCUAAGGAUGCUGGGGUUACAGAAUAGAAUUCAAUGUGACUGGUCUGGAGCUGGUUGCCCUUUAAGGAUGUGUGGUUUGAGAGGAGAGAAUUGCUGUUAGAGAGGCCUGUCUGUUCCUUCAGAGAUAAUUUAACAGCCUGCCUUCCAUUCAGGCAAGGGAAAUGCUAUCAGUGGGUUUUUUUCCUAUUGUAUUAAAUGACCUGUCUGUAUGUCAUGGCCUAAUUGUGUUACCCCAGAGAGCAGUGGAUAGGGGAUGAUUUUCCUUGAAAGUUUUCUUUGCUGCAUUGGAAAGGGACUGCUCCCAUCUAAUUCACCUGCCAGGCAGCCAGAUUUCUCUCUACUGGUCAACAAACAGAAACUGUGAUUUUAUGCACCAGAAGCUGGGGUACUGGCUGCUAUAGUUAUGACUUAAUUAAUAAUGUCAGAUCAGUUAGGUCUUGGCUAUUGUAUCAAGCUAAGGCUCUAUCUACUAGAGGUGUACAGGUUGAAAGUGAAUCCAUAUAUCUACAUUAAACAGAUUUCUAGUGGCAUCUGUUCUGCCCAGUGGUUUUUACAGGGAAAACAGUCCACGGACAAUAAGACUGAAACAUUUCAAUUGGUACUUUCAGUAAUAAACAUUUUUUGCGUUGACAGGUCAUGUGCACUUGACUCUUCAGAAAUGUGAUGACGAGGGCUCCCCAAGGAGACAAGAACAGCCGGCGGGGUUUUGAUGAGAAGGCUUAUUUGUCCUCCAAGGUGCUGAAGGCUGGAGAGGACCCCUACCGCCAGCACGCCUUUAACCAGCUGGAGAGUGACAAACUGAGCAGUGACCGACCCAUCCGGGACACCAGGCACUACAGGUGCACCUCUGUGCGCUAUGACACCGACCUGCCUGCCACCAGUGUCAUCAUCACCUUCCACAAUGAGGCGCGAUCCACGCUGCUCCGCACCGUGAGGAGUGUUCUGAACCGCACCCCUCCCAGUCUCAUCCAGGAGAUCAUUUUGGUAGAUGACUUCAGCUCAGAUCCUGAGGACUGCCAUCUCCUUACCAAGAUUCCAAAGGUCAAAUGUCUACGAAACACCCAUCGAGAAGGGCUGAUCCGCUCUCGGGUGCGAGGAGCUGAAGUGGCAGCUGCUGACAUCCUCACCUUCCUGGACAGUCACUGUGAAGUCAACAGCGAGUGGCUGCAGCCAAUGCUUCAGAGAGUGAAAGAGGAUUAUACCCGAGUGGUGAGUCCAAUCAUUGAUGUUAUCAGCCUGGAUAAUUUUGCCUACCUGGCAGCAUCAGCAGAUUUGAGGGGAGGGUUUGACUGGAGCCUUCACUUUAAAUGGGAACAGAUUCCUAUAGAGCAGAAGAUGUCCAGAACAGACCCAACUCAGUCUAUAAGAACCCCUGUUAUAGCAGGAGGCAUCUUUGUGAUUGACAAGUCCUGGUUUAACCACCUGGGAAAAUAUGAUACUCAAAUGGACAUCUGGGGAGGAGAAAAUUUUGAGCUCUCCUUCCGAGUGUGGAUGUGUGGUGGCAGCUUGGAGAUCGUUCCCUGCAGCCGAGUGGGACACGUGUUCAGGAAGCGCCAUCCCUACGACUUUCCUGAGGGCAAUGCACUGACUUACAUCAAGAACACCAAGCGCACAGCAGAGGUGUGGAUGGAUGAAUACAAGCAGCACUACUAUGAGGCCCGGCCAUCGGCUAUUGGCAAGUCCUUUGGAAGUGUUGCAGACCGAGUGGAGCUGCGGCACAAACUGAACUGUAAAUCCUUCCAGUGGUAUCUGGAGAAUGUCUACCCCGAGCUCAAGAUUCCUGAAAAAGAGUUGAUUCCAGGAAUAAUUAGACAAGGAGGAAACUGUCUGGAGUCUCAGACACAGGAUACCACAGGGAAUAUGUUGGCUGGCAUGGGAAACUGUAAAGGGUCGGUGAACAAUCCACCUCUCACUCAGGAGUGGAUAUUCAGUGACCCUUUAAUUAGACAGCAGGACAAGUGUCUUUCCAUUACCUCCUUCUCUACUGGUUCUCAAAUCACACUGGAAGCUUGCAAUCAAAAAGACAGCAGACAGAAGUGGAAGAUGAAAGGCAGCUUCAUUCAACACUUUGUCAGCGGUCUCUGCCUGGAAAACCAGACUGGAAGAGUGGUGACCAGCCCCUGUCAAGCAGGUGUACCUGGCCAACAGUGGGAGCUGCUACAAGCAACAUGAUGGUAGCACAGAGAUCUCCUUGUUUCUUUGUGCAUGAGACUUUGGGAACAGAGGGGGAUCAGGAAUGGAGGAAUGGUUUUGUAUGUCUGACCCUAAAUGUUUUCAUUGUGCCCAUCAGUAAGCCACCACUUCAGCUGAGCACUUGAUGUUUUUGAGCUUUUCAGAGAAGAAGCUGGGGGUGAGAGGGAUCAGGAUAGUUGUCAAAAUCUUCCCAUCUAUUGUCUUAAGUUCUCCUUUAUCAGGCUGAUGCCUGUGCACAGCUGCAGGUAGAGAUGGAGGAGGACUCAGCCCAGUACUUGCAGCUCUCCCCAUCCUUUCCUUUCUCUGCAUCCAGAGUCCACAGCCUUCAGUCCAGCAGCUUAGGCUAUGCUCGUACAAACAUUGGUAGCUCUUUGGCUUCCCUGGCUUUUUGCUCUAACAUCUGCAUUAUUUAUGCAUAUGUUUCUCAGUGAGGACUGGCCAGAAGAGUCAUUGUGAUCAGUGGAGAGGCUGGGAAAGAGCUAGCAGGUCCUGGGGACACGUUUGUCACCUCUUUUUGGUGGGCUCAUUCCUUCCUCUGCCAUACAGACAAAUGUGCUGAGGAGAGAGAUUGAAAAGGGACAAUCUGUUUUACCAGCCUAACCAGGGAUUGUUUUCAGGGACUGUUCCCUGUUGAAGUCUUCCUUCCAGCUUUUCCAUGUAUGGAAGGCCAGCCCUGUCCCCAAGAGUGGCCCAAGCCUGCAGGUACAGGAUUCCAUGUUCUGGUGGAGCCAGCCACACACCGAGGUGCUGCACAUGGCUCAGGCCUGUGGCAGGAGCCCACUCGGAUCCCCACUGUGAGAGACAGAAGGGGACAGCCCCUCUGUCAUAGCAGACUCCUUGCUGCUGGUUGGGCAGGGCCACAGUUCUCAUGCUUGUCUCUCCAGCUCUGCAUAGCCCCUGUGAACAGAGCCUGGCAUGGCAAACCACCUACUCCCUCUGUCUAGCUGGUUUCCCUUCUCUCUUUGAGAAAGAUGAGGCAAAAAGGCUGGGGCUGCUCUACUUUUGGCAUCCCUGUCUCUUCCCAGUGAGCCCUUUGGGGAGAGGUUAGCUGGUGAAGCUGAAACUGCCCCCUGCACAAAUGCUGCCACAGUGCAGGCCUGCCCUGCCAGAGGCUCCUUUGUGUUCUGGAAAUGCCAAAGACACUGGUGGUCUCUAGCUAGCGUCCCAAUCCUGCUCCCAGUUACCAGUCAGCUCUAGCCACGUGUGGGCUUUCAAACCUGCCAAGGGAUGCUUACCUAUUCAAAUGAAGUCCCUACAGCCUUUCAUUCUCCUAAUUAGAGCUGUUAAAUUUUCCUCUUGAGCUAGAUUCUGUGAACCAACCCUCCUUUCCAAGAACCUGACAGGGGAACCAGAUGGUGGGACCGUUUCAUUAGGCAAUUGCUUGCUUGGAUCCUUUCUGAUCUGGUAUAGAAGAAACAGGUUGCUCAUUUGGAUUCUGAACAGCUGUUUGUUUUUGAUCAUGUUUGUAUCUCUUAUUAAUUCUUUCUCUUAGCUUGGUAUUAGCCCAAGCAGUUGACAAAAGAACAGAUAAUGUUCUUCAUACAUUGCAUGUGCUUAGUGUGAAAACUGGAGACUGGUUUUUUUGUUCUUGGUUUAAAAAAAUUAAAUCCAUCAUGUGGCAGGAGCUCUUAUCCUGUCUCUCUCUUCACUUUGAUAUCAGAUCCCCAUCUCACCACUGAUUAGCCAGAAGAAUGACCUGCCUGUACUGUGAGAACUCACAAGGGAGUUCCUUUUGAUCCUUAUAGAAUGAUGCAGCUGCUCUUCUGUGUGGAAAUGAGGGCACUGACACUGCAGUGAUUUCUCUUUUUCAUCUCCUGUAUAGAGAUGCUUUGGGCCAGAACCACUGAGGUCAGGAGAGGGCAGAGAAGGAAGGAAGAUAUCCUAAGAAUGCAAUGAGAGCAGGCCAGACAGAUCCAUUGAGGGGAGAGAUGCCAUCCUAUUAGCUACUGCAUUUUUAAACAAGAAUAUACAGGAGAUGGUCCUUUCAGAAUAGCAUCAUUAUGCAGUAGGAGACAGGAAGAGUCAAGUUCUUACCUACCUGGCUUGAUGCAAAGACAGAUGAAGAGCCACUGAGCAGGUACUGUUUGUAAGCUCUGUAUACGGUGAUGUGUGAAAGGAUUACAUAUUUUCAUCAAAACACAGCCUAAGUGGACCCUCUGACCUCCCCCCAUUUCACUCUCCAGCACUUGUGUUGCAGCUAACAGCAUGUUCCCUCCUCUGCCAGGUACUGCCUCCUUCCUCCCUGCUCCCACUGUGUGUGUGCAGCUUUCUUGCAGUUCCCUCUUCAUAACCACUCUGGGACCAGGACCCAGCUCCUCUACAAACAAUGCUCCUGACUGCUGCAGACCACAGAAGCUCUGCUUAUUUACAGUCUCCAAGCUCUGGGCCAGCCCUAAUUCAAAGGGCUCUUGUCAGCACGAUGACUGCUGCCCUUGACUGUGUGUUUGGCUCCCAGGCUGGAGGUUGCUGACUGCUCCUGGAGCAGACAUGGACACUAGCUGUGUUGAUUUGUGCCUCUCUUCCUCCUGGCAGGCUGUGACCUGGCAUCCUUCUUGGGCUGUAAGCUGGGGCUGCUGAAGAUAGGACACUCUCCUUCUUCAGGUGCCCUGGCCUGGGGGAGGACAGGGCAAAGGUGGACAUAUGCUAGGUGUCAAUAACUCGAAUUGCUUGUGGAGUUUGGAGUUUCGUUUUUUAAUUCUACCUGGUUUUGUACAGGUUCACCUGAGGUCACCUCCCAGCUGGUCACUUUUUUUCUGUUAGCUAAAGCAUUGCUUUAGCUCAACACAGACCUCCCCACACAUCAUCCUUUGGUUUCCAAUGUAUUUUAGCAAUUGCUGAAAAGGAGGUCCAUUACAAAAGACUGCUGUCAAGUGUGGGCAAACUGAACUUCUUCUUGGAAUAAACAAAAUCUUGUUCAAACUCAUUAUUAGCAUACUCUAAAUUUCCCUUGACUGAAGGGAAAGAAGAACAAUGUUAUCUCUGCUUUUCCCCCCAAGGUCCACAGAGUGCCAUGUUUUGUAACAGGUGUCUGUUAGGAUUUCUUCAAGCAAACUUAACUAUUUUUAACAGUCAGAAAAAACAGCUGCUCACCCUUGUUUUCCUGUUGACUUUAAACAGCCCCCUAGACUGUCAAUAGAGAGCAUUUGCAUUGGUAAUACCCUUAAAGAAAGCUGUUACUGUAUGAGAGCAUCAAGUGUAAUUUCCUGUGCUGUGAACCAAUGGAGGUUUAUUUAAGAGGAGCUGAAUCUACUGUUGUACAGAAAUCGGUUUCAAAAGGUUUAUUUUUCCCACUCACUUGUAAGCUGCACUUUGCCAGAUGUAAUUUAUGUGGAACUCAGAUUAGUUUUCCUUUUUCUUCAAAAAAAGCAUGUGCCAGAAUCUGUUUAAUGCCUGGAAUAAAAUCCAUUUUGAAAUAAG